GGCAAAUGCUACAGAGUUUUAGCAGCGCUCUUCAAUGACACACAUAUAGUAUUGUGUGUCAGAUUCAUGGACUUUCAUCUACAAUGAUCUUCAUCAUUUUCUUAAUCUAUGUACCUUUUAUUCAUUCAGUGUCUCACACGCUCAUCACUACAUACACUGGAGUAAAUAGACAGAUGGCUGCAGAAUUUCCAGAGGUUUCUGCUGUAACUAUUCUGGAUGGACUGCAGAUUGAUUAUUAUGACAGUGUGACAAAGAAGCUGAUUCCCACACAGGACUGGAUGAAGGAGUUUGCAUCUACAGACAGAUGGGAAGAAUACACUGAGAUCAGAGAACGAGUGCAGCAGAUCAACAAAAUCAACAUUCGUUUUAUAAUGGAGCAAUUCAAUCAGACACGUGCUCUUUCAGGUGUUCACACAUAUCAGAGAGUGUAUGGAUGUGAUUUGGAUGAUGAGACUGGAAACAGACGUGGAUUUGAUAAGUACACUUAUGAUGGACAGCGUUUCAUCACACUGGACCUGGAAAAGAUUAGAUACACAGCAUCUGUACCACAGGCAGAACCCACAGUGAUGAACUGGAACGAGGACAGAAAACAACUUGCCUAUCUAAAACAAUACUACAGAUAUAAGUGUGUUUACUGGCUGAAAGAGCUCUUACAUUACUCUAAAGCUUCUUUUGAGAAAACAGGUAAAGUACCAGAGUCAACAGAACAGAUUUUGACUGAGCCAGGUGUGAUUGACAACAAGAGUAACAGAUCUGCAUCAUAUCCUUUAUAUAUCGGGCUUUUAAUUUUUAUUAUCAUCCUAGUUUUUUUAAUAUUGAUUCUAUUUUGCAUAAUAUUGUAUGCACUUUGGAACAUCAGGAAUCAAUUCAAACCAUACUACAAUAAGGUCAGAUACUACAAAGAGAAUAAUUCCACUCCCCAAAAUACAUCUCCUACUGAAGACUGUAGUCAAAGUGAGCAGUCCCUCAUCGAAUCUUCAGAACCGUUAGCUCCAUCACCAGAGGAAGGGUCUUCAUCACCAGAGGAAGGGUCUUCAUCACCAGAGGAAGGACCUUCAUCACCACUACUCAACAACUGAGACAUUUUGUACAAGAAGUACAAAAAGUACAAGAAACAUCAAAAUACUUUUAAAGAUUUCCAAUGAACAUUCAGCUAUCCUGUACACACUUAAAAUGAUCCUCUAUACUUUUUCCUUUUCUUCCAUCUCCAAUCUUGAGAUUUUAGCAUUUCAUUUAGAAUGAAUCACUUUAGCUGCUUUUCCACCAUCGGGUCAAUCCGUUGUCUUCAGUUAACCGUUCUGUUCAUUUCUGAUAUGGCCCAGCUGGUAUGGAUAUGGUUUAUUUUCCACUGUGGGUGGGUCUGAUAACAGAGCUCUUCACAAAUAUAUAUUACAAAUAAAUAUAUAUUAUUAGUCAUUGUCUUGGAAAUGCAAGAGUUUACAGACGUUAAGAGAUGUACAUAGCGACUGUGGAGGAUGGUGGGAUAUUUCUUGAGUUUACAAAUAGCAGAAAUUUGCCUUUAAAUAAUCUUAAGAUAUGACAGUACCAUUUGUACUAUCUUUAUGGAGACAUUAGAAUGCAUUUUCCUAACCAGAUUUGUUUAUAUUUAUGUACAUAUUUUAUUUGUGUAAUUAUCUGUCCUAGUACUAUAUAUGUGCCUGAUUUCCUUUUCAUCCUCGUUCUGGAGUAAUUGAUCAGUUAAGUUUGGUCUGUCUGAGGGUUUCUCAUUUUAAAGUAGUUGUU